AUGUUAAUUCGCAGAAAAAAAUCUAUUUGUUUUAGGAUCCUAAAAAAAAAUAAACCAGUCCUUUUAGUAGACUAUCUUUUGAUUUUUCGUAGAUAUUGCAAGCAAAUUUGUACUAUUGAGGAUAGGCAACUACUUGGGCGUCACCACGCGGAUAACGCUAGUACUAGACAGUGA